UGUAUGUGUACUUGUGGGGAGGUCUGAGAAACGCGUAGCUCUCCAGCUGAUGUCUUGCAAUGAGCUGUGUGUGUUGCACAUCGAUAAAACAAGAUGGACCAACGCUACUGAAGUAUACAAAGAAAUACAUCUACUUCCUGUCUCUUUUUCUUUUCAAAGAACGCAACACAUCUUCAGUGAAGACCAAAUGGCGAAUAGGCUCACAUGCGUCCUUUAAACGACGAGGACCUUGUAUGCGUGAGUUGUGAUGGGGGAACAAGGGGCACAGGAAAUGGAUAACCAGCUGCAUAAGAGCCCCUGUGAGAGAUUCGACAUUCGGCGGACUUUCAGCUUUCAGUGGGGCACAGGGCUCGGUGAACGUCUCAGUCUGAAUUGCCCAAGAGGAACAAACAUUAUUUGUCCCGUUUAGGGCCAAGUUCUGCAUAUAAGUUCGAAAGAAACGGUUCUGGUGUGCUCUUUACCUCGUCAAAAGAUUAUGCCAUUGUUUUGCUUCGCACCAUGGGGCCAGUGAUGGAGAACUACAGACAUAUAAUCCCUGACUGUGCUAAAAUCUGACAUAACGGACUAUUUGAAAAGCUCACUUGAUUGUGGCAACCUCUCCCUUUAAUUUAUACAGGCGUGUACGCAAUGAGAAAUGGAUAAAUUAACCAUUAUCUCAGGAUGUCUCUUUCUCGCAGCCGAUAUUUUCGCCAUCGCUAGUAUUGCAAAUCCCGACUGGAUCAACACCGGGGAAGCAGAGGGUGCUCUGACAGUGGGCCUUGUCCAGCAAUGCCAGACCAUUCACGGGCGAGACCGCACCUGCAUCCCUCCCAGUCUCCCACCGGAGUGGGUCACCACACUCUUCUUCAUCAUCAUGGGCAUCGUCUCCCUCACCAUAACCUGCGGUCUGUUGGUGCUCUCACACUGGCGACGGGAGGCCACCAAAUAUGCUCGCUGGAUCGCCUUCACAGGAAUGGUUCUGUUUUGCAUGGCUGCUCUCAUAUUUCCCAUUGGAUUUUAUAUCGAUGAAGUUGGAGGACAGCCUUACAAGUUGCCCAAUAACACCGUUGUUGGUUCCUCUUACGUACUUUUUGUCCUGUCCAUUUUCUUCACAAUAGUGGGACUACUCUUUGCAGGAAAGGUAUGCUUACCUGGCUGAUAAACUCUUUCCCACUGUUGUAGUUAAGUUGGAAAUAAAUCAAACCUGUAAGGGUUUCAAAGCAUUUCCUCAAAAUGCUUAAACGAGAACAGGGAUAUGAGACACUUGUGUUUCCAGAAUUUUCCCUCCUGUAAUGCACUACGGAAGAUGAUGGUCCACUCCGCAAGGAACACGAAGAGGCUAUUCAAACAGAAGAAUGCCACCAUGCCAUAAACAUCAGGCUUGCUGUUCACAACAGCACAAACCAUUAAUAAGCUCCAGCUUAAAUCAUCUAUUAUCCUUAUUUGCAUUCAAUUUCUAUGGUCACUAUUAUUUAAUAGUUCAGUUCUCUGAGCUUGUGUUUCAGCGCUGUUUUACUCUGCAAAGGCUACAGUUGAACUUUAGCCCUUAGCUUCCCAGAGAUGUCUAUAAGGGGUGGGAGCUUCUUGGAGGUGUAACCUGGGUGAACACAGAGGUUCACAAACAUCCAAGUGAGAUCUCUCCCAAGAGACGGCUUGUGAAGAGUGAGGGAGAAGUAGUCAAAAGUUUUUUUUUUUUUUUUUUUUUUUUUCUGUCUCUUUCCAAAGGGAA